AUGCUUCCAAAAAGAAAACCUGAUCCUUCUGGGAGCAAAAAUUUUGGAGAUCCUAGACCAAGAAAAAAGAAAGGAAAAGAAAAAGCCAAGGAUGUUACUUCAAAUAUUCCUGCCGACUUUUUUGAGAAUGAAGAAUGUGAAGAUUUCCAAGCUCCAACUGGCUUUCAUCCGCCUCCCCCCCCCACUAUAACUAGGGAACAACGCGACAUCGAAAAAGUGACAAAAUUAUCUUCACAAAUGCGACGUGUCACUGAGUCCGGUGAAUCUAGUUCUUCUACCUCCAUACGCCCAUCCCGUCACAUUAUUCGCUCUACUGUCAUUACUACUUUUGAAAAAGAUGAUGAUUUUCAAGAACCUAUUGCUCUUCAACCUCGUACUGCUCGCACAGAACACUCAGCUACUGCUCCUGUACAGGCUUCUACUCUAUCUUCAGAUAUUACACCUAGUGAAUCCUCUAGUACUCCGGUGCAUCUGUCUGAGAAAGUUAAAAUGAAACAAGCGCGUUCCGAAGCCAAGAGGAAGGCUCGACAAGAAUCUUCCACCUCUGAAUCUAAGAGAAAGCCUAGUGUUGAAACGGCAGAGACUGAAGCCGUUGGUCCAAGUCCAAGAGCUAGAAGAACAAAGUUUGUCAUCAAAACCAAAUUGAAAGCUAUGCUGAGGGCUGAAAACUUCAAUCAAGACCAAAGAACAUUAUUUGUUACGGAGGUCCGUCGCGUUGUUCGUCAUCUCAGCAAUGUUACUUAUGCAGCUUCAUUAUUUCUGAACUGGUUCUGUCUGAAACUUUCGAGGAACGGCGAGGCUAUACCAAAACUGACUCACAAAAAACUAUACAACUUUGCUGCUUUGUUUGUUGGUCAAGGAAAGAAUGCCGAUACCGAGAUCGCUGAAGCUUUCUUAUAAUUUAGUAAUGAAAUGGGAGAAAAUUUUAAUAGGCAACAACAGUUCCCCCAACAUUCAGUAUAGCACACUAAUCUCAAUAGUCAUGCGUAGCUUUGAUACACUUAU